AUGUUCGGUGCACUGAAUAGGUUCAUCUCACGGCUCGAUGCAGAACCAUUACCGCAGGCGCAAGCACAGCAGAGCAACGACAGUUCUUAUGGCUUCCAGAUCCUGCGCAAUACUAACCCAGAUGUCAACCUUGAGCCGUGGUUUGAUUUCGUUGUCGGCCUGAAUGGGCACCAUAUUGAUUCACCUGACCCUUCCCUCUUCCUGACUGAAGUACGAAACUGUGCAGGAGCACAGUGCUCUUUCGAGAUAUGGAGUGCGAAAGGCCAACGAACAUACACUCUUCCCAUUCCAAUUCCACAUGACCUUCAAUCAUUGGGAUUAACCUUGCAACUUGCACCCUUGGACUCGACCCAGAACAUCUGGCACGUGCUUACAAUCCCCUCAUCACUUUCACCAGCACAUCAAGCAGGUCUACUACCACAUAGCGAUUACAUUUUAGGCUCGCCGAGUGGAGCAUUGAGAGGAGAAGGAGCACUAGGAGAGCUGGUAGAGGACCAUCUAAACAGAAGUCUCACAUUAUGGGUCUACAACUCAGAGUUUGAUGUGGUUCGUGAAGUAGAAUUGAUACCGAGAAGAGGCUGGGGAGGUGAAGGUGCUCUGGGAGCUGUUCUAGGCUAUGGAGCGCUGCACAGGCUUCCACUCGGCCUAGGCGAAGAAGUCCAGGGACCUGGAGAGAAUAUGUUCGACGCGGAACGAAAGAGUAUCGAAACUUUCAGCGAGAAGACUGUCCAGCCUGAACUCUUUUCUCCUCAGUCUUUGAAUGCUGUGGCUCAGCCUCCCAUGUUGAGUUCGAAUACUGCUCCGCCACCAAUGAUGAAUCCGAAUGCCGCACCUGCCAAAGCUGCAGGUGGCAGAACCAAGAAGGCGAGACAUGCUGCCGUUCCAGGAUUUGACGACAUGUUCAACGAGGGAGCGAAGAAGAGCGCAGAGCAGGAUCAUAUCCCGUCAAGAAAGGGCACGCCUGCAGCUCCACCUCCACCUCCUAGGAAGGAUUCAUCUGUACCACAACAGCCAGACGCCCCUGUUGCGGAUGAUGAUCUGGGUGAACCUGGAGAAGCUGAAGUCACUUGA